CACUUUAAACUAGAGACAAGUUACUUUUAACAGUUGGUAUCCUUCAUACCUAGCCGAUAUUGGUCUUUUGCUUCCGCUAAAUCAUGCCGUUCCAGAGAUUCGUAGAAUCGGGUCGCAUCGCUUAUGCGAGCGAUGGCCAAUACAAGGGUAAACUUGUUGCUAUUGUAGAUAUCAUCGAUCAAAACCGGGUUUUGGUUGAUGGCCCUGCUUCAAAUGUUCCACGGUGUGAAAUGAGGUUAAAUGAACUUCAUCUAACUAAAUUCCGUAUACGUUUUCCAUAUACUGGAUCCACCCGUGUUGUACGUAAAGCAUGGGAAGCAGCAAACAUUAAUGAUCUUUGGAAAGAGACUAUGUGGGCAAGGAAGGUUGAAGCUAAAAAGAAACGUUUGGAACUUAGUGAUUUUGACCGCUUUAAGCUAAGAAAAGCAAAACAGAUCAGAAACAAAUUGAGGACAGAUGUGUUUUAUAGAUUGAAAAAAAAGGUUAAGAAAGCAAAGACUACUAGUGCCAGUAAAAAGGCAGAGAAAAAGUGAUUUUUUUAUUGUAUGAAAUAAAUACAAAUUUAUCUUGUAA